UGCAGAAACGGUAGCGAAAGCGAAGCGCUAACGCCCAUAAAACACAAAACGUUUGCGCAUGCGUAUCCGCUGUGUGGGCGCGCGUGUAGGGGCGUGUCUGGAUCGUCAGCAGACACACAACAGUAUUAGUGGUGGCCAGUGGAAUCUUUUACACGUAGCAUCAUAGCGUAGAUCAGAGGGGAGAAGACAGUACAGUAUGUUCAAGACAGUCAGAGAUGGAGAGAGGGCUCUCCUCAUCGACAAACGCGGACAGAGCAUGGUGGUGGACGGUCCCCAGAGAGUGUCCGUGUUCCGCAAGUCGUUUCAGAGACUCCAGCGAGUGUCGGCCGACCAGUACCAGUACAUCCAGUUCCAGAAGGCUGAUGGAGAAGUCGAACACAUGCAAGGGCCCUGCUCCAUGUUCAUCAACCCUCUUCUGGUAGAGAGUGCGGUGGUGAAGCAGGCCCACUCCCUGAGUGCCAACGAGGUCCUGGUGGUCUACAAGAGAGACCGAGGGGACCGCAUCGUGCAGAGACGAAUCCAGUACGGUCCUACCAUCUUCACACCCUCCGCCGAUGAGUGGCUCCAUGAGUUUGUAUGGCACGGUACUGAUCGAAACAACAAGACAAAGAAGAUUCCAGGAGGACUGAGGUUUACCAAUCUUCGGGUCAUUCCAGACCAGUUCUACUACAAUACCGCUGAUGUUCGUACGAAGGAUGAUGCCCUCAUAUCCGUCAAACUCAUGUUGUUCUUUGAGCUAAAAGACAUCGAGCGAAUGUUGAACCAAACAACAGAUCCCAUUGGUGACUUCAUCAAUGCCGUGCAAGCCGACGUAAUAACAUUUGCUUCCCAAAUGAACUAUGAUGAGUUUAUCGACAGCAGUAGCCAACUGAAUGAACUGAAGAACUAUCCCCAGUUGAUGGGGAGAAGUGGCACCAUUGGGUACGAGGUCACAAAGGUCGUAUUCAGGGGGUACCAUGCCGGAGAUAAACUACAGGGUCUCCAUGAUCACUCCAUCGAGAAGAGGGCCCAGUUGAAGGUGAGGAUGGAAGAGGAGCAACAGAAACAAGAUCUCACAGACUCGAAACUCUGCAACCAGCAGCAAACGAGUGUCCUACAGCAGGAAUUACUGAAGGAACAAAAGGUGCACCAGUACUCAAUGGAAAAGCAGCAGCUGACACACCAGAUGGAGCUGGACACCAAGAAACACCGCGAGAGGAUUGAGAGAGAGAAAGACCAGAGAAUGGCUGAACUGGAGGCACAGCGACAGAGACAGGAAGAGGAGACCGCCCACCUGCGAGAGCUGAAGAAACUCGGAGUGGACCUGACUGAGCUUCUGGUGGCUCAACAUCCUAAACCAGACCAGGUCGUGCGAGUCAUCACCCCAGGCACCGGCGGAGGGAACAUACACAUUCACCCGUAACAUUCUAUUUUCAGUUGGACAAUGUACUUUCGGCCAGCGAAAUUGAUUUUAAUUAUGACUUCGGUCUUCAUUAUUGUAGAUUAUUUUUAUCAUGUAUCGCAUUAUUUUUUUUAUGAAUCAAGAACUUACUUCAUAUACGCGUAUUUACAACGGUUUUGUGAAAUACCAAAAUAACGAAAAAGAGUGAGCGAGCAAGAGAGAGAGAGAGAAAAUACAGGGAAAACUGCUUUGCAGUUCAAAAAUGAGGAGAAAGGAACAAAGUUAAGAGUUGUGGAAAACUGAGGAUGAAGAUGCCUGCUAGUGAUGAGGUCAUGUGAUGUCACAUGAUGUGGAGUGAUGUGAUUGGUCAGUUCAGUGAAGGGACACAGACAUAUAUUCUAGAUGAAAGCACUGAUUUUUUCGUGGAAGUCUUUGAGUCUGAGUGUUAGGUGGCUGAAUCUUGGUCUGUCUGUAGGUGUUAGUGCCCAGCACCAGCCCAUCAGGACAAAUCUAGAUAGGAGAGGGAGUGUGUGAGAGUGUGAAGGGGAGGCAGGAGAAAGAGAGGUGAAAGACAUCCCAUACACGGAUCCUCCGCAAAGAGGUGAAAGAGCUUACAAGUCUUCAGGACAGUUCUUGGGUUGUUCCAGUCUGAGACCAGUGGUGAGGACAGAGAGCAUGUCCUCUGGAGGCACAUCUUCGUAUGGGAUUCUUCCCAGUGUCAUCACCUCCCAUAGCACCACACCAAAUGACCACUGGCGAGGGUAGAUAUGCAACCGUCUCAUAUGGUACAUACAGUGACGAUACAUUUUUCGGGG